AAGAGAAAAAAAAACAGUUUGUUGCAUAUUUGAAUUUUGACAAAUAUAAAUUAAUUAAUUGUGAAAAUGGUAAUUGGAGCUUUUCCAGUAGUAAAAUUAGCCGUAUUAGCCGUAAAACAAGUCAGUAAGCCUCUAGCAAAUGUAAUUAAAAAUCAUGCCAAAGGGAAUCCAUUGUUUCGUCAUUACAUUUGUAUGCCACCUGCCCAACUUUACAAUUGGAUUGAGGUAAAGACGAAAAUGUGGGCAUUAAAUUUGGGACGGCCAAUACAAGUGCCACCGCUAAAUGAGGCAAUGGCUAUCGAACUAGGUGCAAAUCUAUUAGGAGAGUGUAUAAUUUUCGCCAUUGGUGCUGCAGCAUUGAUAGUCGAAUAUAGCAGGCAAUUAAAAAAGGAAGCUAAAAAAGAAGAAAACCUGCAACUGGAAAAAGCCGAGCUGACGAAUCGUAUGGCUGAAAUAAAUUUCCGUAUAGAACGACAAGACGCUCAAUUGCGUGAAAUAAGCCGGGUAGUGUCAGAAUUAGAAUCACGUUCACUUUUCAGAUGGACAAGGGAUCGCUUGGGUGACUAUCAAACUUUUAAUCCGGAAAAUCCUGAUCAAACUUCAACUAGUUAUCGUCAGAAGAAUGCAGGAGGCAGUAGGAUUAGAAGAGCUUUGAAUUACUUAGAAACUGAGGUAUUUAAAAGUAAAUCAGCUAAAAAGGAAUUAUCAGAAGCCACACUAGAAGCCUUGCAGCCGCUUAGUGGAUCUAUGGAAGAUUAUGAUUCCAUCACGAUUACAAUGCAACGUAAAGCCCAAUCACAGUGACUGCUUGAAGUUUUGAGUUUUGCGAUUUUAUCCUCUAAGCUUUUCCAUUGUUAACAUAGUAAAAUUCCUUACACUUCUCUUUUAUUUUAUAUGAGUCAUUGUUUAACAUUAGGAUGCUAAAGAGUGACGCACGACCACAACAACUGCUACAAACUAGUUUAUUUUUAUUUGUAUUUAUUUACGAAGUUUUUUCUUUUUUUUUUUUGUUGGGUAAAAUAGAAUUUUAUAGUUGCGAUUGGAAUGAAUUAUUUUCCGAUCUUCCGAUUACCACAAUUACUUAAGAGAGAAAAUACUCUAUGAACAAAAUAUGCUUUAAGACGAAACAAAUGGACGUUCCUCUUACUAACAUAUUUGGAUCCAUUGUAAACUGCGUUUAAGACAUUAAACAAUUUGUACAUGAAUUUAUAAAAAUA